AACAUUCUGGAAGGCUGACUGACAACUGAGCUGAGCGUGCCAAAGUGCUAAUUUAAAAUUUUAUUUUUUAUUUGUAAAAACUGCGGUUUUUUAUAAAUCAAUUCGUUCAAUAUUUACUAUUUAAUCAUCAAUAAUUGCCUUACAAGUUAAAAUAAAAUUGAAAUUUAAUUAAAAUGUCUCUUGAAGAGUUGAAAUUAGAUGUCGAAGAAAUCACCAAAUUUUUGGCACAGAGUAAUAGGCAGCGUGUUAAAAAUGUUCUCAUGGUUGAAAAGCACCGCAUAGAGACUGAAAUUGUAAACAUUGAAAUCAAAGCUAAAGCUGCUAUAGAGAAACCUGCGAAUCCAACCAAAAUCUCUUGCAAUGAAUCAAAUCCCUCGCAAGGAGGACCCUUACCAAAAAAAUAUCUUGUGGAGUUGAACGAGUAUGCUUGGGAUCAAAGUGAUAAAUUCGUUAAACUGUUUGUGACAUUGGACGGUGUCCAAAAUCUAACCGAAGCCGAUGUCAAUGUUACCUUCACCGACAAAUCAAUGGUUUUGCACGUGCAAAAUCUGAACAACAAAGAUUAUAGUCUCACUAUAAAUAACCUACUGCAUCCAAUCGAUGUAGGUAAAAGCUAUCGCAAAAUAAAAAUCGGCAUUGUGGCUAUUUACAUGAAGAAAACAGAAGAAGCGAAAUCUUGGUCGCAUUUGACCCUUAUUGAAAAACGUCUGAAAGACAAGCAAGACGCAGAUAUGAAAAACGACAUGAAAGGCGAUGAUGCUAUUGUAAACCUUAUGAAGCGAAUGUUUCAGAGCGGAAAUGCCCAGACAAAGCAAAUGAUUGCCAAAGCAUGGACAGAGAGUCAGGAAAAAAUGAUGAAGAAUGAUCAUUCGAGCUCAUUUGAAGAAUGAACUGGGUAGUAAAUUCUAUACAUAAUUGUUUUCAUUAAAUGAAAACACUAAUGAGGAGGUUGUAUGCAUUAGUGUAGUUCACAUUAUAAUUUAAGACGAUUCCGUAAUAAACCUUUAAUAAAAUAAUAAGUUACCUAUGGAUAUUCGAAUAAAAGUACAACACAUAAGGCUUCGAAAGCAAACCAGUUGA